AGCAAUAUGGCCGCGCUACGAGAAGUGGUAAACGAAACCCCUGUUACUGAGAGUGAGAUACAGAAUAUUGUGGCCGGGCAAGAUGAUGUUUUUGUGAACGGUGGUGAAGCGGAGGAAAGUAGUAUGGAUAGCAGCCUGCAUCAAUCUGGAGAGUUGCUGGACGUACCAGUGAAUCUUACACCUCGUCGUGGUAGCGGCUCAAUAAUGAAAGAUGAAAGUAAGCGAAAACCGUCCCACAAAAAGACCGUCAGCUUCAGCAGCAUGCCGACUGAACGUAAAAUCUCUAAAGGUAGGAAAUAUGGAUGCACUUCCGUGACCGAAGUUUAUGCGUUCGUGAAAAGCAAGGCGUAGACAGUGUUGAUGCAAGAAUGUUUCAUCACAAUGUCUGGGGUGCCGUAAUGAAUUCCGGGUUAAGAAUAAUAAAAAGUCUAACGAGCUCGUAGCAUAUUACAGUUUAAAAUAUUGUCGUGGACCACGUAUGCCCCAACACAAAUGUCUGUUAUUGUGUAAACAUGUUAUGUUUAGUAUAUCAUACAUGUGUGUCGGUUUAGCGAGGUCGUUAUAUCUCUUAAAAUUAAUUAAACGUUUUUGGAAAUUUUUGUUACGUUUAGAGUUAGCAUCUUUUUCAUACUGAAGCACAUUUAGAUGCAUCUGGUUAACUAUUCGCUGAGCUCAGAAGCUCCCGUAAAAAUCUAAAAGCAGAAUGCUGGCGAUGGACGUUGCUGCAUGCAUGGUGCUGAUUGAACCUCGAUUCAUUGUAAUACCGCAGAAAUACAUAGUAAGGAAAUACACACUAUUAUGCUAUUGUUCGUUUUUGGGGUACAUGCAUGCCCAGCUAUAUAAAGUCGUGACCAUGGACUAGCCAGUAGUAGAGGCAACCAAUUACAGGCAGUCGCGUAUAGCGGAUUGACGAUAAACAAUAGAUAGACGGGUCUCCAGUUCGGGUAUAUAUUUCUUGCUUGGCGAGAGAGAAGGACAGACAGAGAGCUCGUAAAACGUAGACAGAGCACGAUACAUAGAUACUGCACAUUUGCUAGAUAACCGGACGACACAGCAUUAGCCUCGUAAGUUAUGACGUGUCUCGCGUAACCCUAGUGUACGCGAUUGCCCUGUUAUGGGAUUAUACACAGUUAAGAGGUAACGAUUAAAGAGAAUAACUAGAAUACGUAUACCACUGCUGUUGUGUUCUUUUCAUUAUGUGCCUAAUAGACGUUAGCAAAGGGUGUUAGAUAUACACCCUCGCGCGUAACCACUAAUGCGAUCACGGUAAGCAAGCAGCUUCGCUACAUCAUCUCAGGUUAUGUGCAUGUUUACACCGGCAAAAAGCGAUUAUCUCCGCGUAACUCGCCAUUUCUG